GCCAGCCUGGGGAGGGCUGGUGUCAGCAUUUGGAGCGCUGUUCCAUGAUUCUUGUUUCUUGGCUGCCUGCAAGGAAGACGAAUCUCAGAAUUGUAUACUGCAUAUAUACUUUGAUAAUAAAUGUGCUUUGAGUCCUUUAAGUACUAGAAAAAGCUGACCGGGAACUUUGGUGGAUACAGACCUGAUGUUUCAGGGUUUUGAUCUUUCAGUUGAUCUUAUAUGUGCCUAGAGAAGUCAACAGCAAACGAACUGAGUUAACAGCUGGAUGGAGAAGGGAAAAUAUUGGAUCAUAACUUCUGUGAUGCCAUCUUCCUAUCUUCAAAGUCGGAUUUUGCAUUUUAGUUGGCUUUACUGCAAGAGCAAGGAAUUUGUUGCAGUUACAGAAACGUGGCUGCAGGGUUGGGAACUGAACAUUCUGGAAGAGAAGCAAAGCGUGAACGAAGGUGUCGGAGCAUCAUCAGAAAAGCAGCAAUCUGUACAAUAGAAAAAUCCAUCAUGGCCCCAACUUUGCCUCUAGAUCAAAUUUCUGUGUCUGAACCAGAUGCAAAAACUGGGAAGACAGAACAGCUACCAGCAUUGCACCCAAGCAGGAAAGAAGAAUGUUACUUUGUGUUGUAUAAGCCUCCACCUCAAGAUGACAUACCAGCACUGGUGGAAGAAUUUCUGGAGCGUGCAAAUUUCAUUGCUCGAGAUCUUGAAUGGUUGCUAUCUCUUCCUCAUGAUAAAUUUUGGUGCCAGGUUAUUUUUGAUGAGACUCUGCAGAAGUCUUUGGACUCUUUCUUGCGUUACACACCUCGUCAGUAUGACGAAAUGGCGAAUUCAAUUCCAGCCAUAGCAGAAAUGCAAAAACGCCUUCAUCACAACAUCUUUAUGACCUUUCUUAGGAUGUCCACCCACAAAGAGUCCAAAGAACACUUCAUUACACCCAGUGUUUUUGGAGAAAUUAUCUAUGACGGCUUUCUCUUCGACAUCCCAAAAAUCUUUGACUUGUGCGUAAUAUUUGGAAAAGGAAAUGCCGCUCUUCUUAAGAAAAUGAUUGGAAAUGUUUUUAAUCAGCAGCCAAAUUAUUUUAAUGAUCUGAAUGAAACAGUGCCCACAAUCCUCCAGGUUUACAGUAAUAUUUGUGAGAAGUGUGGCUUAAGGCUGGAAAAUUAUUCCAAUUGCCCUCAAAAGAUUGAUGGUCAAACCAAAGUUUCACCCAUGGAUAUGCCUCUUCAGGAGUUCAAGGAUGUUUUGCUGUAUCUGUGUGAUACCUGCACUACGUUGUUUGCAUUCUUGGACAUUUUCCCUGAAGCUAGUAGGACAUUCCAAAAGCAUGACUUUAUACAAAGAUUGACCUCAUUUUAUGAACUAAUUAUCCCCGAAUUAGAAAACACGAUUAAAAAGAGGCAUUUUGAAGCAGCUAGUUUGCAGAACGACUUGUGGAGGCGACUCUCACACUCAAGGAAGAAAAUUAUUGAAACUUUUCAUCACAUCAUUAAUUAUAUGUGCCUUCAACCUAUAUUAGAAAAUGGGUCUGAACAUAGUCUGACUUUUAUAGAAGAUUUCCUUCAGAUCUUUACUGCUCUACUACACCAAAAAAGGUUUUUGACAGACUAUGAUGAGCAGUUUCCAGUGGUAGAUGAUAUCAGCCUUCUACAACAGGCAUUUCCUGCACUUGAUGAAACCAGGACAUCUUACAUCAUCAAAGCGGUUGACAGUGCUUGGGAAGCUUGUAGCAGGAAGAAACCUGCCUUAGCCAUAGGAAAUUCUCAUAUUUCAAGUGCAUCUGGUGCCUCUCAGGUUUCAGCUGUAAAUGGCGAAGUGGACCAAGACCUCAAACAGCCAGAACAUCAAAAUGAUGACUAUUGUGAAGGUGCAGCUGCAGCAAAGGUAACAGGAGUAGAGCUGGACUCUUUAGUUUCUCAAGUGAAGGACGUUUUACCACAUCUUGGAGAAGGCUUCAUCCUUGAAUGCUUGGAGGAAUACAAUUAUGACACAGAAAAAGUAAUCAAUAAUAUCCUUGAAAAUAAAAUAUCACCUUCACUUCAGAAAGUAGAUCAGUCACUUCCAAGGCAGGUGAACCAGAACCAGGAAUCAAUUCUGGCAACCAGAAGAAAUGUUUUUGACUAUGAUGAGUUUGAUGUUUACAGUAGAAAUACUGUAGACCAGAGCAAGAUCUGGAAAGGCAAGAAAAAAGGAGAAAGUGGGAAAGCACUGCUUGAUGAUAAAACUCACAUUGCACAUCAAAAGGAAAGAUAUAAUGCUUAUAGUAUAGUUGUAGAGAAUGUUCCUGUAGAAGAUGGAGUUCAGUUUUAUGGGGAUGAAUAUGAUGACGAAUAUGAUGACACAUAUGACGUUAAUCAAAUUGGAGCAAAUGACGUGGAUUCUGAUGAUGAACUUAUCAGCAGAAGACCAUUUACGAUCCCUCGUGUUCUACGACAGAAAGAGGAAGUAGAGGAAGAGGAAGCUGAAGAUGAAGUACCAAAGGAGGAAGGACCAAAGAGGGAUCUAUUUGUGCAGGACCCAGCAUUGCUAAGAGAAAAGGCUGAAGCAAGGCGUGCUGCUUUCUGUGCAAGAAAAGGAAUCAAACGUGACGCUGCUGUUGCAGGGGCUGCAAAGGGCCAGGGACAAUCCAAAGAAACACUAGCAGAAAGAAGAAAAAAGGAGGCUAAUAAAUCCGUUCGAGCUAAUCAUAAUCGACGAUCACUAGCAGAUAGAAAGCGCAACAAAGGAAUGAUUCCAACUUCCUUUUAAUCAUUAUUUCUAUUUAACCUUUUCUUCUUCGUUCUCUCCUGCUUUUAAAAAUUUGUCUUUGAUCAUAUGCUGUAUAAAUGGACCCUUAUUUUCCAUAAUGUUCUUUCUCAGGCAAGAGGAGCCAAAUGUAAUACAUUUAUUUUUUCUCUUUUUCUGGAUAGUGUUCACUCCCUUGAACAUUUUGCUGCAUAAUCUCAUUCUGACAUGAUGGCCAAAUUUAUGUCAGUCAAAAAUAGACUGCAGUGAUAAAAUAACACUUGCAAAUGUUUCAAUCUGUUUGUAAUUCAGUUUAAUGUAUCUAUAAUACAUCUGUCCAUUAUUGUUGGACCAUGCUACAAUUGAGUAAUUAAGCAAGUAGAACUCUUAUUUAGUUUUCUGAGAAAAAUUCUUGAUACUUCAUUCUUUUUUUUAGGUGCACUAAUGUCAUGUAUUAUUUAAUAUCCAUAAAGGGUUUUUAAAUUCUGGUUUCAAAACCUGUCAUUGGUGCCAAGUUUGACCUGGCUGUUAAGAGACAGCUUGGCAGUCUUGGGUACCUGGACUAUGGAAAUCUUUUUCUUGCCCCUUGCUUGAAGUCUUGACUUGGACUCAUGUGAAAGCAUUGGGGAAAAUAUAAAGGAUGCAUGUAUGCACGGCACAGUCAGUUUGCACAUUGAUGAAUUGAAAAGAACAAUAGACUAAUUCCCGAUUUGCGGAGUUUAUGGUUUGUGCUAACCAGUGGUAAUUACAGAAUCCACACUUAAUUACAACCAAUGUAUUUGCAGAAAUUUACAUGUGAUAUAAAUACUUCUGAAAUAAAAUAUGUGCCAUC